AUAAACGUGAUCAAAAAAUCAUCGCACCUACAAGAAAUUCAGAAGAGGUGUUUUUCUCUGACACAUCACCGCAAACCUCUCCACAGUCCACCGGAGCUUCCGUUUUUCUUUCCCCUACCUUCUCCAAGAAGCUGAAACAUUCUCGCAGCUGGAGCACCAAAUCCCUGCAAAUUCAAGAACCCCACCACAGCAGGGGUUUGGGUUCAGUGGACGAAAGUGACGAGUGGGCAGAAAAGAAGGUAGACAGGCUUUCUCCCCUCUCCUAUGAUCAUACAAAGUUCUACAAGAGAAUGGUGUCCUCGAAAGACUCCAGAGAGCUAAGCAGCCCAAAGAAAACCGGGGAGACAUUUCCUAAAGCCAAAGAGCAACAUACCAGUCUCAAAAUGACAGGAAGUCAGGCACAGGGAGCAGCCGUAGCCGUGAGCAGGAGCAUAAUGCCUCCUAUGAGUAACACAAAAAUACCAACUGUAAGAUCGGACAAGGCUCAAGCUGGACCACAAGUGGUUUCAACACUGCAUUGUGCAAUGCAACAGCAAGGCCAAGCUGGACCGCAAGUGGUUUCAAUACUGCAUCGUGCAGGGCAACAACAAGACCAAGCUGGACCGCAAGUGGUUUCAACAUCACAGUGUGCGGGGCAACAAGGCCAAGCUGGACCACAAGUGGUUUCAACAUUGCAGCGUGCGGGGCAUCAACGAGGCCAAGCUGGACCGCAAGUUGUUUCAACAUUGCAUCGUGCGGGGCAACAGCAAGGCCAAGCUGGACUGCAGGUGGUUUCAACAUUGCAGCGUACAGGGCAUCAACAAGGCCAUCACAGAAGAUUAAAGGAUUCUUCCAGAAAAGAGAGCCUUGGUACUGAGCUUAAAAACAGUGAAAGAGAAAAUCAGGACAUGAGAAGAUACACAAUAGGAAGUGGAGAAAGGCCUAGCUUUGAGAAGGAAAGCUUUAAACGAAGGGUAAGGGGAGAGUCUCAUCCUCACAGGACGUUGCCCAUAAAAGAGAGUGAAACAUGUGGAAACAAAGACUUGGAGCAUAAAGAUGUUAAUGGAAAGAGCAAACCAACAGAAAACAAGAAAGUAAGUAAAGAGACAAAUAAAAGAGAUUCAUUGUCAUUUUUUAAAGAUAUAUGGAGUAGAAAAGAUUCACCGACAGAGAGAAAAGAAAGAAAAGGUAAAUCAUCCAACUCCAAAGAAGACUUUGUUGCCUCCACAACCAUUAUUCAGGGGUCCUCCCAGAGCCCAAAAGGAUCUGUUAGUCCUGGCCCUUGGAGGGUACCAAACUCGGUCAAAAUCCUAACAGAACAAGAAGUUUUUCGUGACCCUUUGUGACCGAACAUUAAACCACCUAGAGACAAACUGUGCCAUGAGAUAUUUCACAGUACUGGAUUAUUUUUCAGAGUUCUUCCAUGAAACAGAGAAGUGCAACGUGUUGUCCCUUUCAUAUCUUAUAGGACCAUGGCCAGAUUUAUAUUUUGGGAGUUUUGUGAUAUCACACGUGGCAUGUAGCACUCCCCUCUGCCUUCUCCGCUGCUUCAGCCUUUUUAUUACAGGACUUCAGCACAUGCGGCACGCUCGGGGCCUUGUCAGACAAGACGCUUUCAAAAUGUGAAAAUGUGCCAAUCUUGGGAGUCUCCUGUGGAACAACAGCUGCCAACAGCGCUUCACUCAUCACAAUGCAACGAUCCAUAUGCAAAGCAAAAAAG